UUUGCCUUUACUCAGUCUGUUCCCAGUCCCUGUAUCUUUACUCAUUCUUUUCCCGUUCUCUGUCUUGUCUCAUUUUGUUCCCAUUCCCUGUGCCUUUUCUCAUCCUGUUGUUCCUGGUUUUGCCUCUGAGCGCACCAACCAUUUCCUUCUGGAGUCAGAGCCAGUGGGUAAGAGUUUCUCAUUCCCUUUGAACUGAGCUGAGUGGUGGAGCUGUCUGAUUGGAAGAUUGAGGGGCUGCACAGGGACGUACUGACAAAGCUGCCAGUAGCAAAGAGCUGUCACCACCACUCACAGUUUCACUUCUUGCAAAACUAGAAAAUAUUUCAUCUUUAUGGGUUGGAGCCUCUCCCUGAACCUCAGGAUGAGUUGUAUUACCUUGUCUGUGUUACUCUUGUUGUUGCCAAGUACCUCGGCCAACAUUAAGGACAACAACCUUUCCGGAUUUUGUGAUGGUCAUCCAGGAAUUCCAGGAACUCCGGGACGUAAUGGGUAUCCGGGUCUGGCAGGGCGGGAUGGGAGAACUGGGAGGGAUGGAAUGCCUGGACUACCAGGACACAAAGGUGACGCAGGAAUACAAGGUUUUCCUGGGCCUUUGGGGGAGCAGGGCAUUCCAGGGCCACCUGGUCCAACAGGUGAGAAGGGAGUGAAAGGGGAUAGCUUGAUUAGCUACAACUCAGCAUUUAGUGCGAAACGUUCCAAGACCCACAUCUUCCCCCUGCUUGAGGAGGCAGUCCAAUUCGAUGUGGUUAUACACAAUGAUCAGAGGCACUACAACCCAGUGACAGGAAAGUUCACCUGUGAGAUCCCAGGUCUCUAUUAUUUUGUGGUUCACUCCACAGUUUACAAAACCAGCCUGCAGUUCGACAUCAUGAAGAACAACGUUUCCAUCUCGUCCUUCUUCCAGUACUAUGGCAACUGGCCAAAGCCUGUCUCACUAUCAGGUGGAGCCCUCAUGCGUCUGGACCCCCUGGACCAGGUGUGGGUGCAAGUGGCAGUGGGGGACUACAAUGGGAUUUAUUCCAGUGCAAAGACAGACAGCACCUUCACCGGGUUUUUAGUCUAUUCUGACUGGCAGAAUGCUCAAUUCCUGGUUUAAUGUCCAAUAUUUUUGGUCCUUGUAACAUGUACGGAUUGUAUUUUACAUCAAACUGAACUUCAAACACAUGACAUUGUUAGAGAUUUACUAUAUCAUUGUGCACGUUUCCUUGGCUUUAGGGUCACCAUCUGUCUAGUUUUUCUAAAAUGUAAACCAAACCAAUGUCUGUUUAUAAAUGAAGCCUCAUUUCAUUGUCUUGCAAUAUGUUGGCUCUGAGAUUACAUUGGGCAGUGCCAAAACCUGUUGCAGUAUCAAGAUGAGAAAGAGCUGGAGAUCUCUUGCAUUAUACUUCUGUCCUUUUCAGUUGCCAAAGAGCUUUCUUGGAGAAGUAGUCAAGGUGCAGGGCAGGCAGUGCCAGGGCAGCUGUCUGAAUGAGACACAAAAUGGCUCUCAUGGGCCAAAUGAGAGUUGCAAAUGUGGAGAGAAAGAUGAUCUGGCUCCAAAACUUAGGACAAAGCAAUUUAGAAUGUAGCAUCAGAAAGUGAAAGUGGAAUUUGAUAAAGUGGAAUCGUGGUGAUUCCUGCAGCCAACGAUUGUGUUACCAUAAACUAGUGAAUCUGCAAAGCCACAGGCCCACAAACCGGGGAACCUGUAAAGUCACAGUCCCAUUGUUAUAACUGAUGCAGUUGGUAAAGCAGAGUUAUUUAAAAAUCCCAUAGGGAAACUUCAAACAAUUGUCAUAGCCUAUAAUUUUAAGUGUUAUGUGUGAGGUGCAACUCUAAAUUCAGGAAUCAGACCACCAGUUCUCGCGGUUUUACAUUAAACUAAAUGAAACAUUUUAUUAAUUUACACAAGUUAAACACAUACACAUGUCUACAAAUUACUACUAUCAUAACUUUUAACAAAUUCCCAAACUAAUCCCCAUUAAGGCAACAGCAACCCAUAGACUUAACCAAACACCAGGCAAAGCAUUUUUACCUUACAAAUUCAAAAUGAGGUUCUUUUCACUUUGGUUCCUGUGUAGCCAGUUGGAGGUUUACAGCUGUCUUUAGAUCUCACAUUGCCUCUGCUCUGUGCACCCAAAAUGGUUGUCUUGUUAUCCCUACCACUGCCCCUUGAAUGUUAAUUCUCAUUGUAUCAACAACCUCUGAACUAAACCUCUCUAACAAUAAAACCCCUUUCAUAGUACCAAUUUUAUUAGUAAUAUAAACGUAUUGCUUGGUAGCUGCUAGAUAUGUGUCUGUUUUCACCCGAAAUCUUGAAUGUUCCAUUCAAAAAAUGUAAAUGCAUGCUAUCUCUCUUACAUAUCAAAACUAGUACAUAUCAAAACACUCAGACUAGCUGUCUUUAAUCCAAUUAAGACACAGCCACAGCCUAAAACUCUGUUUUAAAAGAAAAAUAUUUGCCAAAAUAUUAUAUACAUUAAUAGCUUAAUGACAUCCCCCUCCUUAUUGAAAAAUGAACCAUCAUAAUUAUAAAAGACGGCUUCAUUUUAAUAACCCAUCUCACAGUAUCUCCUAUACUUAAUACACUAUUACAUUACCAGAUUUAUGUAUUAACAUAACAAUAUAUAUACACAUGUCCUUGGUAUCAACAGAAAUCACUCCAGUUCAGUGUCCAGAUUUUUUAAAAAUGUCCUAUUUUCCUUUAAGCUUCAAGCUCUUGAUAAUGCAUCUGCAAACAGAUUUUCUCUUCCAGAAAUAUGUAUAAUAUGUAGAUUAAUGGUUGUAAUAAUAGACUCCAUCUGAAAAGC